AAAUUUUAAAAAAAUAUAUAUAUAAUCUUUUCAGAUUUUAAUAUAAAAAUAAAAUUAAAAAAUUCAGGGGGUUUUCGUAGGCUUACUUUCCGUGACUGCUUGGGUUUAUCUCCGAUCAUGUGGUGUCUCCGUCGAGCAGCUCACCGUUUCAAGAAGCAAGGUUACUGCCUUGAGGCUUCAAGGAUUUUUGUUUCAAAAUCGGACCGUACAAGUAAUGUGAGAGGCGACGGAGGAUGUAUAUGUUGUCCUGCACAAUUAAUUUCUCCUAAACUCCUUUCGGUAAAGUUGUUUCACCUCACUCCAGCUCUUGAUAGAAUCUUUGUGGGUAGUCGUAGUCUUUGUUCACUUGCGGAUGAAUGUAGCGGUGGGAAAACCCAUGUGGAAGAUAAAUUUCUGGAACCUGAAACAACUGCAACAGUCGAUGUAAUUGUGGGCAGUAAUGCCGAGGAAGAAGGUGGGGAAGUUUUAGCUUCAGAAACAGUGUUUUUGGAUGAUGAUUUUUCAGAUACUGAAAAAGGUGAGGGUGGUGAGGACUCUCACAAGAAAAAGGCUUAUUUGGAGUUAUACAAGGCUAUAAUGGACAGUCCAAGCCAAUCUGUUGCCAGUAUUCUUGAUAAGUGGGUUGAGGAAGGGAAUGAUUUGGAACAACUCAGGAUUUCUGGGAUUAUAAUUAGGCUUCGGAGGCGUCGGAUGUAUAGCAAGGCAUUACAGUUCUUAGAGUGGUUGGAGACUACUAAGCAAGUUGCUCUUACUGAACAAGAUUAUGCUGCUCGCCUUGAUUUGAUUGUUAAAGUUCAAGGUAUCCAAAAGGCAGAGAAGUACAUUGAGAGAAUCCCAACGUCGUUUAAAGGGGAAUUAGUAUACCGAACCCUCCUAGCCGGCUGUGUCCAUUUUGUUAACAUGAAAAAAGCAGAAACAGUGUUUGAGAAAAUCAGGGAGCUGGAGUUGCCAAUCAUGGUUUUUGCUUUCAAUCAAAUGAUACUUCUCUACAAAAGGCUUGACAAGAGAAAGGUAGCUGAUGUAUUGUCUUUAAUGGAGAAAGAAAAUGUCAAGCCGUCGCUUCUUACAUACAAGCUCUUAGUAGACAUCAAAGGUGAGUCCAAUGACAUUGUAGGAAUGGAGCAAUUGUUCGAGACUAUGAAGACUGAAGGAGUAUCACCCGACGUCCAUGUUUUAACUGUCUUGGCUAAACAUUAUAUAUCUGGGGGGUUGAAACAUAAAGCCGAAAAUGUCUUAAAGGAAAUUGAAGAGGAAAAGCGGAAGGGAAGUUUUGGGGCACACAGAGCGCUGCUGGGACUCUAUGCUUCUCUUGACAAUCCUAACGAGGUGGCUAGAAUUUGGAAGGAAUGCAAAUUGUAUCCCAGGAUGAGUGAGUGCAUUGCAGCUAUAGAAGCUUGGGGCAAGCUGGGAAAAGUUGAGGAGGUAGAAGCAGUCUUUGAAAUAAUGCUUCAGAAGUGGAAGGGACUCUCUUCAAGGAAGUACUGUGCACUUUUGAAAGUUUAUGUUGACCAAAAGCUUGUGACAAAGGGGAAGGAAUUUGUGAAGCGGAUGGAAGAUAGUGGGUGCUGGGUUGGCCCUUUGGCUUGGGACGCAUUGGUGAGACUCUCUUUGCUAGAUGGGGAACUGGAGAAAGCUGACUCCAUUUUGCACAAGGCAGCUCAGCAGAACCGGCAAAGGGCAUCAUUCAGCACUUACAUAGUUGUCAUGGAACAGUACGCAAAGCGGGGUGAUAUACAUAAUGCUGAGAAAUUGUUCCACAGAAUGAAGCAGGGUGGAUAUACCGGCCGCCUCAAGCCAUUUGAUAUUCUGAUUCAGGCAUAUAUCAAUGCCAAAGUUCCUACAUACGGGUUUCUAGAGAGGAUGAAAGCAGAGAACAUAUUUCCAAACAAAGCAUUUACCUUACAGUUGGCACAAGCCGAUCCGUUCUUCCGGAAGAACAGGGCAUUGGAUUUGCUUGAUCUAUACCCUUUCCGUGACUGGUUGGGUUUAUCUCCGUCUUUGAUCAUGUGGUGUCUCCGUCGAGCAGCUCACCCUUUCAAGAAGCAAGGUUACUGCCUUGAGGCUUCAAGGAUUUUUGGUUCAAAAUCGGACGCUACAAGUAAUGUGAGAGGCGACGGAGGUAGUAUAUGUUGUCCUGCACAAUUAAUUUCUCCUAAACUACUCCUUUCGGAAAAGUUGUUUUACCUCACUCCAGCACUUGAUAGAAUCUUUGUGGGUAAUCGUAGUCUUUGUUCACUUGCGGAUGAAUGUAGUGGUGGGAAAACCCAUGUGGAAGAUAAAUUUCUGGAACCUGAAACAAUUGCAACAGUCGAUGCAAUUGUGGGCAGUAAUGCCGAGGAAGAAGGUGGGGAAGUUUUAGCUUCAGAAACAGUAUUUUUAGAUGAUGAUUUUUCAGAUACUGAAAAAGGUGAGGGUGGUGAGGACUCUCACAAGAAAAAGGCUUAUUUAGAGUUGUACAAGGCUAUAAUGGAUAGUCCAAGCCAAUCUGUUGCCAGUAUUCUUGAUAAGUGGGUUGAGGAAGGGAAUGAUUUGGAACAACUCAGGAUUUCUGGGAUUAUCAUUAGCCUUCGGAGGCGUCGGAUGUAUAGCAAGGCAUUACAGUUCUCAGAGUGGUUGGAGACUACUAAGCAAGUUGCUCUUACUGAACGAGAUUAUGCUGCUCGCCUUGAUUUGAUUGUUAAAGUUAAAGGUAUCCAAAAGGCAGAGAAGUACGUUGAGAGAAUCCCAACGUCAUUUAAAGGGGAAUUAGUAUACCGAACCCUCCUAGCUGGCUGUGUCCAUUUUGUUAACAUGAACAAAGCAGAAACAGUGUUUGAGAAAAUCAGGGAGCUGGAGUUGCCAGUCACGGUUUUUGCUUUCAAUCAAAUGAUAAUUCUCUACAAGAGGCUUGACAAGAGAAAGGUAGCUGAUGUAUUGUCUUUAAUGGAGAAAGAAAAUGUCAAGCCAUCGCUUCUUACAUACAAGCUCUUAAUAGACAUCAAAGGUGAGUCCAAUGACAUUGAAGGAAUGGAGCAAUUGUUUGAGACUAUGAAGGCUGAAGGAGUAUCACCUGACGUCCAUGUUUUAACUGUCUUGGCUAAACAUUAUAUAUCUGGGGGGUUGAAACAUAAAGCUGAAAAUGUCUUAAAGGAAAUUGGAGAGGAAAAGCUGAAGGGUAGUUUUGGGGCACACAGAGCGCUGCUGGGACUCUAUGCUUCUCUUGACAAACCUGACGAGGUGGCUAGAAUUUGGAAGGAAUGCGAUUUGGAUCCCAGGAUGAGUGAGUGCAUUGCAGCUAUAGAAGCUUGGGGCAAGCUGGGAAAAGUUGAGGAGGCAGAAGCAGUCUUUGAAAUAAUGCUUCAGAAGUGGAAGAGACUCUCUUCAAGGCAGUACUGUUCACUUUUGAAAGUUUAUGUUGACCAAAAGCUUGUGACAAAGGGGAAGGAAUUUGUGAAGCGGAUGGAAGAUAGCGGGUGCUGGGUUGGCCCUUUGGCUUGGGACGCAUUGGUGAGACUCUCUUUGAUAGCUGGGGAACUGGAGAAAGCUGACUCCAUUUUGCACAAGGCAGCUCAGCAGAACCGGGAAAGGGCAUCAUUUAGCACUUACAUAGUUGUCAUGGAACAGUACGCAAAGCGGGGUGAUGUACAUAAUGCUGAGAAAUUGUUCCACAGAAUGAGGCAGUGUGGGUAUACCGGCCGCCUCAAGCCAUUUGAUAUUCUGAUUCAGGCAUAUAUCAAUGCCAAAGUUCCUGCAUACGGGUUUCUAGAGAGGAUGAAAGCAGAGAACAUAUUUCCAAACAAAGCAUUUAGCUUACAGUUGGCACAAGCUGAUCCAUUCUUCCGGAAGAACAGGGUAUUGGAUUUGCUUGAUCUAUAAAGGUUAGCUUUGCUGGAGUUUGCAAUAUUAACGUCUAACUUGAUGCAAAUUUUUAGUAGUUUUAUAGAGGAGGGAGAGGGAGAGAGAGAGAGAGAUGGACUCACAGUUUUCGUAAUGUGACCUAGGAAUUUUCUCAAAAAGUGGUUGAUACUUUUUGAAAAGCCUUUUGUUCAAGUGUUUUUAUUAUUCUUUUGCAUUUCAAUCCAAAUUUUAUUAAUCAA